CGUAGAAAACGUCUCAACUGCGUUCUUAUCAUUAAUCGAGAUAAGGCACCAGUAACGCUAUUUAAAGCGAGCCGCAAAAGCUCAAAUUUACUUUCAUUAUAAAUUGAAGCUUCGCCAUGAUUCGCUGUAGUGCGCAUGCGCGGAGACUCGGAGCGUAAGCGAUGGCGAAAUUCCUGCUUUUUAUGCAAGGACGACCAACCUGUGAAGCAAAGUUAUCUCGAUAGAACUGACCACUUAGGUGCUGUGGUGGUGGGGGGGAGCUGCUCCUCUUCGCAGCCCGCUGACGUGGACGGCUGAAAGAGAGAGAGAGAGAGAGAGAGAGAGAGAGAAAGGGGGGUGGGGGGAAGCGACAAAUUUGAGUGUGGUGCAUCGCUUGUAGUCCAAGACCGCCUGACUGACUGACUGAUCAAGAGAGCCUCUCUAGUGGUGUGAAUGAGUAAAACAUGGCAGACCACACCCCGCCUCUGGAGUCCGGCCAGCUUCUCAGCCCUGAACUCCCCAUCCUGGCGUCACCACCGCCCCCAGCUAUGGUCAACGGGGAAGGCCCGCAGCAGGUAAUCCUGGUGCAAGUAAACCCAGGUGAGGCUUUCACUAUUCGACGGGAGGAUGGUCAAUUUCAGUGUAUCACAGGUCCUGCUCAGGUUCCCAUGAUGUCUCCAAAUGGUUCAGUGCCUCCAAUCUAUGUGCCUCCUGGAUACAUUUCACAGAUCAUUGAAGAGAAUGGAGUGCGACGGGUCCUGGUGUUGCCGCAGCAACCGGAGUUCCACCCGGGCGGCCACUCACCUCUCCACCAUCCUCCGCCGCCCCCCCAUGCCCACCUACCUGCCUUCAUCCCACACCCGGCCAUGAUGCCCCCGCCCCCUCACCUGUACACAAGCAUGGCAGGCGGAGUGGGCGACAUGAGCUCGCAGUACAUCUCCCAGUAUCAUCCGGCCCACAUCUACUCAGAGCAGGUCUCUGCAGAUUCCCACUCCCAACACGGUCGCCCGGCAUUUGUCCACAGAGACGACAGAACGAGCAAAACGUAUGAGCGCCUCCAGAAGAAACUGAAGGACCGGCAGGGAGGCAGCGGCGGCGGAGGAGGCCAGGUGAAGGACAGCCCUCCGCUUUCGCCUCAGAAGACAUGUGGAAGCCCCACGACGCUUGACGUCCACAACGGUGUAGGAGGCAAAGGGCCCGAGGCAGAGCAGCCCGGUCAUGUGGCAGACAAGCAAGGCCGGGGCAAAAACGGAGAGGCUAGAGAGCUGGAUGCAGCAGCACAGGCUCUGCAAGCACUGCUGAGCACCAUCAGUAAACCGGUGGUGUCAGACAUCCAGGCCCGGGCGGUAGAAGCGAGCUGGAGCGUACCCAAGACGGCGGAGGAUGACAGCACCCUCACAGGAACUCUCACCUAUGAGGUCUCCGUCUCAUUUAGCGGCAAGGAUGGGAAGUACACGAGCAUGUACUGCGGCGAGGAACUAAGUGCAACUUUAGAGAACCUUCGACCAGCAACAGACUAUCACAUCAGGGUCCAGGCAAUGUGUAACUGUUUACAGGGAAGCCCAUCCGAGGUCGUGAGGUUCACCACGCUAAGCUGUGAGCCAGAGCCUCCCAAUGCUCCCAGGAAGGCCAGCGGGACCAAAAACACUCUCGUACUUCAGUGGAAGGCGCCAUGUGACAACGGUUCAAAGGUCCACAACUACAUUCUUCAAUGGGAUGAGGGGAAGGCCACUGGCGUGUUUGAGCAGUGCUACUACGGACCUCAGAAACAGUACAGAGUGACCAAGCUUUCGCCAGCCUCCAAAUACUCCUUCCGCCUCGCAGCCAAAAAUGACAUGGGCCUCAGUGAAUUCAGUGAGUCUGUGGAGCUGUUCACCUCAUGCAGUGUGCCAUUGGCGCCCUUCCCUCCGGAGCUGGUGAUGGCCGGCGUCACCUGGUUAUGUCUCAAGUGGCAUCGACCCAGCAGCUCGCCCAAGGAGGACGACGUCUGCUACAUCCUGGAGAUGGAGGAGGAAGGCUCGGGUUAUGGUUUCCAGCCAACCUACGACGGCGAUCAACUCUCCUGCACGGUCAGGAACCUCCACAGGAGCACCAAGUACAAGUUCCGGGUGGCGGCGUACAACUCUGAGGGUAAGAGUAACCCCAGUCCGGUAGUGGAGUUCAUCACCAACCCAGACAGACCCAGUUAUCCCUCCAGGCCCGUCGUCAAGGGCAAAGUCCUGCCCAACAGCUUCAAGUUGGCCUGGGAUCCCCCAAAAGAAAAUGGUGGUGCAGAUGUCACCAAGUAUGUGGUGGAGAUGUCUGAGGGUUUAAGUGGUUUGUUGUGGGAGCUGGUGUAUUCAGGCCCAGCCAUGGAGCAUGUGUGUGAUGGUCUCAAGCCGGGCUGCUCCUACCAGAUGAGAGUGUACUGCAUGAGCGAGGGGGGGCAGAGCCCGCUGUCGGAGACCCUGCAGGUCCAGACUCCCGCGGUGCCUCCUGGGCCCUGCCAACCCCCCCGACUGGUGGGCAAGCCCAAAGCCCGAGAUUUGCAACUGCGCUGGGGUGCGCCUCAGGUGGAUGGCGGCAGCCCGGUGUCGUGCUACAGUGUGGAGCUGAGCGGGCCGCAGUCAGAGGAGAGCAGGGAGGUUUACCAGGGUCCCGAGCUGGACUGUUCCGUUGGGGGCUUGAUGCCCGGCAGGACCUACAGCUUCCGGCUCAAGGCGGGAAACAAGGCGGGGUUUGGCCCUCUCUCCGAACGCUACGAUGUCACCACCGGUCCCGGGGCCCCCGAGCAGUGCAAGGCUCCUUCCAUCGUGUGCAAAUCACCCAGCUGUGUUGUGGUCAACUGGGAGGCCCCGCCUUGCAACGGGGCUCCGGUGACCGAGUUUCGUCUGGAAUGGGGGGCCGCCGAGGGCAGCGUGCAGGUUUGCUACAACGGAGCGGCCCUCGGCCACGAGAUGAAGGGCCUGCUGCCCGCUAACAACUACUUCUGCAGGGUACAGGCUUUGAAUGUGGCAGGUGUGGGCCCCUUCAGCGAGGCAGUCCUAUGCCAGACCCCCUGCUCCGUCCCCGCCGCCGUCUGCAACAUCCGUGUCAUGAAGGAGUCCGAGCUCCUCGGUUUUGGCGAUCCCGAGGAGAAGGAUGAGGAAGAGGAGGAAGGGGUUUGGCAGCUGUCUGUCUAUUCGCCAUCCACCUGCGUGGGCAUCUGCUGGGACCCCCCCUGCGACCACGGCUCCGAGAUCACGUCCUACCUGAUCGACCUGGGCGAGCGCCAGCCCGUUCUGGUCGGCCCGGUCGCAAAACAUGUCAUCCGGCACCUGCAACCCGACACCAGCUACAGGAUCCGAAUCCAGGCCCUGAAUAGCUUGGGCACGGGACCGUUUAGCCACACCUUUAAGCUGAAGACCAAGCCCCUGCCCCCGCAGCCGCCCCGCCUGGAGUGCACCGCCUUCAGCCACCACACCCUCAGGCUCAAGUGGGGCGACGGUCCAGCGAAAGCCGCCGCCUCGGACCCCCUCCAGUAUCAUCUGCAGGUGGAGGACAAGAGUGGCAGAUUUACCUCCUUGUAUGAAGGAACAUGCCACACCCACAAAGUGCAGAGGCUUAAUGAGUCUACCUCCUACGCAUUCCGCAUGCAGGCCUUGAACGAGGCGGGCUCGGGGCCCUUCUCCGCCGUUUACACCUUCACCACCCUGCGCUCUCCCCCGGCCCCCCUCAAAGCCCCAAAGGUGGAGCGAGCGGACGACACUUCCUGCGAGGUGAGCUGGGAGGCGCUGUCGCCCAUGAAGGGCGACCCGAUUGUCUACACUCUGCAGUUCAUGAUGGGAAACUCCGAUUUCAAGCAGGUGUACAAAGGUCCCGGGACUUGCUUCACGGUGCAGCACCUCCACCCCAACAGCGACUACCGCUUCCGGGCGUGCGCCAUCCGGCAGUGCCAGGACGCGCCCGAGCUGAGCGGCCCUUACAGCCCCACCGUGACGCUCGCCGUCCAGCGGGGGGGGGGCGACGCCGUGGCCUCGGCGUCCUCUUCCUCUUUGAGGGCGGCCUCCUCCUCCACGUCGGGCCGGGCUGGCCGCGGCCUGACGGACGAGCAGUGCGCCUUCCUGCUCCUCAUGGUGUUUGCCAUCAUCGCCAUCCUCAUCGCGUUCGUCAUCCAGUACUUUGUCAUCAAAUGAGCGCCGCCGCCGCCAGGGUACCACGGUUAUUAAAGCUUUAUUUUUUUUCUUCCUUUCACCCUUUCGCCAUCUCCUGCUUCCCACCUGAGACGACCAGUGGGGGCUUCUAGUCAUACAUGACUCCCAAAAAAUGAGGGAUGAUCCUAAAAUGCCCUUUACCGGUGAACUUAGUUUGACCUGUAAACUUUUCAGUACUUUUUUGCACAACGUUUUGCUGCUCUCUAACAAGGAUGUGAGCUGCAAUUGAUUGAGUCAAUUUCCAAAGAAGUCUGCUUCUAUGCCUUUCUGCGACUGAAUCCUGUCUCUCUGUAGCAGACGCUUUAAGAUCAUUGGCCCCUUCCCGAUGUUCUAAGAGGGAGGUGGCCACUGACAUUCUGCCAGAGGUGUCAAACUCGUCAGUCGUAAGAAAGGCCUAAUCACCUUAUAUUAUUCCGACAACAAAUUGAAGUACUAUAAAUUCACAAACGAUGGAAAAUAGUUGUUUGAUUGCCCUUUCGGUACAAAGUUGUAGUUAUAGGGCUACAAAGAAAAUAUGCGGCAGAGAGACUGGAAUAGUCACAGAAAGGCAUAAAAGUGGACGUCCGUCCUUGGAAGUUUCAACUUGUGAAUUUUGCCGUUCAGCUUCUUGUUCCGGAGAGGACCGACGCCAUGCAUCUAGCAUGUACACGAUUAUGAACCCGUGUUACAUAACCGACUGUACUGUACUGUACUGUCAUGAAGUUAAUCGACGCGAGCCAUCUUCUCAUGAGGCUAAUCAAUAGUAUUAGCUAGCAUACUAGCCUAAAUGACAUCGGGAGAGAAGCAAUAGCAUACUUGUUGUGAAUCCAUGUUAGAAAGCAAAAACCACCAAUACGUUGAACAGCUGCGCAUUCCAAAUUUACCAAAGGUCAAUUAUAGUGUUCACCUGUAAACACUAUAAAGUGUAGUGGAUCUCCGAAUUUUUACACAAACUACCACAGGAAAAAAAAAAAAAAAGGCUCCUGAAGCAGCACCAUCAUGACCAACAUUAUAAAAUUGUACCAAAACAAAACAAAUGUCUAAAAACGUUUUUAAAGAUGACAUGUGAACUCUGAACUGAGAAUCACUGUUUAGAUUCAUCCUAAAAAGCCCCAAAUCCCCAACUUUUUGUGAGUACUGUCCAUGUAUGUGUAUGAUCCUUAUUUCUAUUUGCAGUCGCAGCUAUUUUCCCAUGGAGAUAUGUAAUAUGUGCGGGACCCGGUGGGGCCAGUGAAUUUGCACAGUUGAGGGCUUGAGGACCACAUGAAGGGACUUUUAGUCAAAUCCCCAAAAUAAAAACCAGGCUGGAUUUUUACGGCGUGAAAAUCCACAUUCUAGAAGGUUCGCACUUUUUUGUUUGUUUUUUCUGUUUGUGUUUGUUUGAUCGAUCGAGUGGGGAAUGUUCAAGGAUGCAAAAAUGUGAGUGGAGAAAUCCUAUUUUUGUACAGCGGCAGCGGUGGGAGACGACAAAAAAAUGGCUUGGUCUAAUAGAAAGCAAACUAACAAGUGAAGCAAUUUUUUUACUCUCUUGAUGAUGUUGAUGGUGGCGAUGAGGAUGAGCUGCAGCUUGUUUUCACAUUCACGCAGCAGCUGCUUGACUCCGAAAUUCUUGUCCACACAAAAUUACGCUUCCCUUUUGUUGUUUCUUGAUUUUGUUUUGUUGCACAUUAGUGAAAGAGAGAAGAAGAAGAAAAAAAAAAACCUUGGCUAACUGCGGGUCCGCAUUUUACGCAACAAACUUUUAAAAAAUAUAUAAUAAUAAAAAAAAGUUGUCGUCGCUGAAACAACUGAGCAAAAGUAAGAAAAAAAAACGAUAAGUUGUUGUUUCAGAGGCCUUAAUUGGGAAAAUCUUAAUUUCAUGUCGGGACUGUGUUCUUUUUCUUUUCUUUUUUUUUUUUUUAGUUGGAAAACACUACAGUGUUUUUAUUUCCUUUUCAUUCUUUUUUGCUACCUUUUAUUUGACAUCAGUAACGAGGAGCUACGUCGUCGUCGUUUGUGCAUGUUUAGUUCCAAUUUUAUUUAAUUUUUUUUUAUUUUGGGCUUGUGCAGAGUUGUGUGAAGUAUAUAUAUAUCUAUUUUUUAUAUCCCAUGUAAUAAUAUAAGUUGAGGUAAAUAACGACAUGCUAAGAGCACCCCAUCCGUCACAUUAUUACUUCUGUGUACUACGAAAUCGUUUGACUAUUCUUGUCUUUAGUCAGAAAAUUGCAACUGUGUUACUAAAUAAAAAAUAAUGAAAAAUCCAUAGGUACCUUGCAUAAAUUCUGUCAAUUUGGUCCUCUCUCUCACUCUCUCUUUUGAUAGCAAAGUGUGCCAUUUAAAUGUCAGCUGUUCGGUUUAGGGAGAUUUAAAAAGAAAAAGCGACCAAAAAAAGUCAAAAUAUGCACAAAAAUGGAGACAGAACCAUUUUUAUGUCAUUUUAAUCUUUGCAUUUAUACCUCAUACACCAUACAUUCCAAAAAUGACUAAUUUGUUAUACGAUACCUACUUAGCGAGACAUAUCACUUUCCAAAUGUUGAUUAUGUGGGCGGGGAAAUGUAAUGUAAUCAUAGAAAUGUAUUUAAGGUUUAUAUGUAUAGCCAUGAUAUCUACAACAGAAAAUCCCAUGCACAAUAAAAAGAUUUAUUAUUCUUAA